AUGGACCUCGACCAGCGCAGGAGAAUGCGCAUCUUCUACGCCCCAGCCACCUGCGGCGACUUUGAUCUUCCGCAUCAGUUUCGGAAUGAUCCAACUGGACCAUGGUGCACCGAGUAUAAGAUCGCCUGGCAUAUCUUCAGCAACGACCACAAGGAGUACUGGGGCGGCUCUGGGCAGACCUUGUGCCAGACCUGCACUACCCAGGAGAGAAUCCACAAGAACAGAGACUACAUGCCCUGGUCUCAGCUCUUACUUUUCUUCCUAUUCAAGUACUGCGCCCUAUUCCUCUUCUUCUGGGCGAUUUGGGUGGGAUAUCUCAAACUCAUGAAGGGUGUCUGGGCACAUGGAACCCUUGAAGUUGCCGGAGAGGUUGCUGCCCGUCAGGAGUACUCCCUCGCCAACGCCAUGAACCUCGCACAUUGCACUGCCCAUCUCCAGAAGCGUGGCAUCCUUGAGCAGGCUACUCAGCGUCGCAUCGACAAGUACAACCAGUACUCUCAGCUUGUUCUUCGCAACGUCGGUGCUGUUCUCGGCACCAAUCAUGAGAUCACUGACGGCAGCAUCAACUGGGAUUCUACUGAUGCCGAGAUCUUUGCCACUCGAGACGAUGGCUGCGUCCUCAGUGCGGAGAGCACCGAGGGUCCUUUCUACGUCGAAGGAGAGCAUGUCCGCUGGGCUCUCUGGGAUAAUGAGUCCGGCAUCCCCAUGUACCUGGACCUUCAGAUCAUCGACACCGAGACCUGCGAGCCCGUUCCCGACAUAUGGGUUGAAGUCUGGCACGCGAACGCCACCGGCAUCUACUCCGGCGUCAUCUCCGGCUACAACGGCGCGGGCGAAGACGACCCCGACAACGCCUUCACGACCUUCCACCGCGGCAUCCAGAAGACCAACGCCGAGGGCGCCGUCUGGUUCGGCACCAACUUCCCGGGCUUCUACUCCAACCGCACGCCCCACGUCCACAUCAUGACCCACGCGGAGGGAACCGAGGCGCUGGCCAACGACACGGUCCAGAACAACGUCGCGACCCACGCCGGCCAGAUGUUCUUCGACCAGGGGCUCGUCGACAUGAUGCGCGAGCACGAGCGCUACAACUUCAACACCCAGCUCUUCAUCGAGAACAAGGACGACGCCUACUUCCGGCAGGAGGCGGAGUUCACGGACCCCGUCAUGAGCUACGUCCUGCUCGACCACGAGAAGAGGAACAUCGAGGAGGGUAUUCUUGCUUGGAAGUUGGUUGGCGUGAACAUGACGAAUGUGCGAGAGCUGAGAGUCGCCAACCACCUUCAGGGUUGA